UGACAGCCAGGUCACGUUAUCUUUACCUGUGGCCGAAAUGAUUCUUCUUUUUUUUUGUUUGAAUGGCCGAAAAGAAAGUUGAACAGAUAAUAAAACCCGCCUUAUAAAUUCAACAUCACUUCUCCUCCUUCUUUGGCCGUUUUAUUAUCUCCGGCGAGAAGAGAAAGAAGAAAGUUUAGAUCGGAAUCGUCUUGGUUCCUCGUUUCUUCUUCGAUCCCAUCUUCUUCUUCCGAUCUUUCUUUUCCAAGCUUAUAAAAAAUGGCCGAGGCUGAUGACAUUCAACCAAUCGUCUGUGACAAUGGUACCGGAAUGGUCAAGGCUGGUUUCGCCGGUGAUGAUGCUCCCAGGGCUGUUUUCCCUAGUGUUGUUGGUAGGCCAAGACAUCAUGGUGUUAUGGUUGGGAUGAACCAGAAGGAUGCCUACGUUGGUGACGAAGCACAGUCCAAGAGAGGUAUUCUCACCUUGAAAUACCCUAUUGAGCAUGGUGUUGUGAGCAACUGGGAUGACAUGGAGAAGAUCUGGCAUCACACUUUCUACAACGAGCUCCGUAUUGCUCCUGAGGAGCACCCGGUUCUUCUUACCGAGGCUCCUCUUAACCCAAAGGCCAACAGAGAGAAGAUGACUCAAAUCAUGUUCGAAACCUUCAACUCACCAGCUAUGUAUGUCGCCAUCCAGGCUGUUCUCUCCCUUUACGCCAGUGGUCGUACUACCGGUAUUGUGCUGGAUUCUGGUGAUGGUGUGUCUCACACCGUGCCAAUCUACGAGGGUUUCUCUCUUCCACACGCCAUCCUCCGUCUCGACCUUGCUGGUCGUGACCUUACUGAUUACCUCAUGAAGAUCCUUACCGAGAGAGGUUACAUGUUCACCACAACAGCCGAGCGGGAAAUUGUAAGAGACAUCAAGGAGAAGCUCUCCUUCGUUGCUGUCGACUACGAGCAGGAGAUGGAGACUUCCAAAACCAGCUCCUCCAUCGAGAAGAACUACGAAUUACCCGACGGACAAGUCAUCACCAUCGGUGCCGAGAGAUUCAGGUGCCCAGAGGUCCUGUUCCAGCCGUCGUUCGUGGGAAUGGAAGCUGCUGGAAUCCACGAGACAACCUAUAACUCGAUCAUGAAGUGUGACGUGGAUAUCAGGAAGGACUUGUACGGAAACAUUGUGCUCAGUGGUGGAACAACUAUGUUCUCGGGGAUUGCAGACCGUAUGAGCAAAGAGAUCACAGCACUUGCACCAAGCAGCAUGAAGAUUAAGGUGGUUGCACCUCCCGAGAGGAAGUACAGUGUCUGGAUCGGUGGUUCCAUUCUUGCUUCCCUCAGCACAUUCCAGCAGAUGUGGAUCUCCAAGGCUGAGUAUGAUGAGGCAGGUCCAGGAAUUGUUCACAGAAAAUGCUUCUAAGCUGUCUCAGGGAGAAGGCUCAAAGCUGGGUUUUAUGAAUUUUUUAUAUUUGCUUUCUCCAUUUGUUUGUUUCAUUUCCCUUUGAUUUCGUUUAUGUGUGUGAUAAACUCUCUGGGUUACGUCUGCGUUUCAAGAAACCUUUGCGUUUUAGUCCCUUGUUUUGUAGCCCUGAGUGAUCGAAUUGAUAUAUGCCUCUUUAUUCCUUAUUUUUCCA